AUGGCGUCCUGGGAGCUCCUCGACGAGCGAAGCGAAUCUGAGCUCCACAAGACCCGAUUGCUCAAUGUCGAAGAGAAACCAUUCAAGCGAAUCACGAAGCGACUUGGCGCCAUCUCGUCGGCUGUUUCGAGCGCGGGCGAAGCUCGCAAUGGCGCUGAGCCUACGUCGGCCCUUCUCACCAGCGAUUCUCUACGCGAGGACCUGACCUUCGACUUUGCCGCCUUCGACAGCAGCAUCGCUCGGUUCCAGUUCUUACACGAUGCGAAUCAGCGGGAACGGGAACGAUACGAGGCGGACAAGCAGCAGAUCCUAGCCGAGUGCCAGGAGGUGCGAGGCAGCAACGGGCAGCUGCGGGAACAGCUCGAGGCAGCACGCGCAACGCUGGCGCAGCGCAAAAAGUUUGACGAGCUGGCGGAGAAGAUAACCUCGAACCGGCUGCUGCGGCCGCGCGAGGACCAGCGCGUCAACCUGGCCAAGCUGGAGGACGAGUGCCGCGACCUCGAGCGUGAGAGCGAGACGUACAGCGCGACGUGGCGUGAGCGACGCGACCAGUUCAACAAGAUCAUGGAGGAGGGCAUGAUGCUGCGGCGACAGAUCCGCGACGAGAAGGAAGAAGUCGACCGGCGGGAAGGCAUGAAUGAGGGAGGCGAGGACGAUGCGGACGCCGGCAAGGAGGACAAGGAAGGCCAGACGCCCAAGAACGCACCCAGCGAGCACCCGACUCCGCGACCGGAUGGCGACAGCCAGACCAAGGCUGGCGAGAGCGAGGGCGAGACUCCACGCCCAGUCUCGAGCGGUGCUCUCACCCCGUCUGCCGGCACGCCCCGCCCGGAGAAACCAAAGACCAAAUCUUCGUUGUCAAGAGACGCAAGGCAGCGGCUCGAGGCACAGGAUGCGCCGACGCCGUCCAGCCAGGCAGACGAUGCACCGCGUGAAGACGUGGAGAUGGAAGAGCGCGAGCAGCUUGACAAGGAGGACAUCGAGGAAGGGGAGGAGCUUGACGAGGAGGGCGGCGAGGCCUCAGGAGAUAAGCCGGCGAGCAACGCAGACACCAUGGAGGUUGACGACUAG